CUCAGACCGAUGUACCGGGUCCUACAGCGAGCACGGGUGAACCUCAGACAAGUGGUUCUGAGGGUAAGAAGAGCAAGAAAGAUCAUGUUGAGCAGAAGCUUGGGAAGGGGACAAGCCCCUCUAAAACCAUAAGCCCCUCUAAAACCAACAAGUCAGAGAGGGAUGUACAGCCAUCAUCAACAUUGAAAACAAUGGGAAGUGCCGUUUCUCUCCGAUCUAAUGGAUCUAAAGAGGCUUGGGUAGAGAGAAAUGAGCAAGAUGUACAAGAUUUAGAGAUGCCAAACUCAUCAAGGAAGGGUAAAUUUGGAAGUACUUUUAGUCUAUCAAGGGGCAAUAAAGUUACCCCAGGAGAUGUCCCUGCUUCUGCUAUAACCAAUCUUGCUAGCUUAGAUAGUGCACAGUCUAAUGCAGCAGACGGUCAAGCUGAAAAACAGACUGGUUCUAGUUUAGUUAGUUCACACGCUAGUAAAGCAACCAGUCUUGGAGAGAAAGAUCGUCCAGCUUCUGCAUCUAACAGUAGACCUAGUUCUAGCCUAGCUCGUUUACACGAUGCCGACCAGAAAGAUGGACUCAAAGGCGUCAAAGUUGAAGUGGAGGAGGACUGUCCAGAGAAGCACGCAUAUAUACCGUACCUGUACGCACGUAACUGUAUAGCUAAAAUCAUGGAGGACAUGAAGGCAAUGAAGCAGAACCAUCUCGUCAUAGUGGAAAACAUACAGAUGCAUUAUGGGGAAAUAGAAUCUGAAACACAGGAACAAUUCAACAUGUUUGUGUUGUGUAUAAGAGAUGAGUAUGCCAGUCAAAGGCAGACAUUCCGGAAAGUUAUUGAUACCCAUAAAGACGAGGUUGAGAAAAAAGAAAAAUACUGGAACGAAAUGUUACAGAGUUUGGCCGAGAGAAACAAUCGUCUGUUGAGAGAGAAGAAAAUGUUGUUGAUUCACAGCAAGACUGAGAUAGAAAAGUUAGAGAAAGAAAAGGAAGGACUUCAGGAAAAACUAAGUGGAGUAGUUGUACCAGCACCAGUUCCAGUUCCAGAGGCAUGGGAGGAAGAAAGAAAGUUACUACAAGAUCAACUGGAGACAGAGAAAGCUAAUGUAGCUAGUCUGGAGAAACAGAUGGCUAGCAUGAGUAAACCCUCUGACACACCUGUAAAACUUGAGGUAGCAACAGCUUCCAGUAAAGAGACUGCAGUAAACGCGGCCGCCGGAGCAGUUGGGUUUGGAGCAGGUGCCAUGGCAACAGCAGGUGUCAUGGCUGCCACAAAAGAGAACAACAAACAGGUGGAAAAAGAGAGACACGAGAUUGUGGAAGAGAGAAAGAAACUCUCGGAGGAGCGAGCCAAGGUUGACGCGGAGAGGGAAGGAUUCGGAGCGGAGCAGCAGAAAUGGAUGGACGAAAUAAACAAAUUACAGACCGAACUUGCUGAGAAGAAUGUGUCUGGUAACGAGUGGAAGGUCAAACAUGAUGUACUUCAAGGACGUCUGGAAGAAGUGGCUGGGAUUCAAGCCAAGUACCAGAUGCUGGAGAACCAGUAUGCAGCACUUGCUCUCCUUGUAAAGGGAACCGAUACCUCAGCUGCUCUAACGGAGAAUAUGGGAAAGAAUGAGGAGGAGAAGAAAAUGAUGAAUGACGAGAAAUCCCGACUAGACAAUGAUAUCAACAAAUGGGAGAAAGAUUUUGAGAAGAAAAAUGGCCGUAAACCUGCUGAAGAUGAUAAGACAGACAUGGUAAAAGAGAUGUACACAACACGUGAGGAAGUGACCUACAUGGUUACCUCCCUUCAACAAAAAGAAGACACAUUCAAGAAAGUGCAGGCUGGUGGCGUACCGGACGUACCUGAGGUGCCUCACAAACCGGUUGAUACCACAGACCCAGAGGUGGUCACUGUCCAGGUAAAGGUACCAGACCCGACAGUGGUUGAAGAGUUGAAGCAGACGCAAACCACAAUUAUCACAAUAAGAACAGAGAUCACAACCUUGCAACAAGAGAUCACAGAACUCAGGACCGAGAUCAGCGAACAGAAUGAGACCCUCGCCAAGCAGAGAGAAAACAUUGCUGGGUUGGAACACCAGAUAGCCACUAUGAAGGCAGAGGGAGUUGCUACCGGCGCAGGAUUGGGUGUUGCUGGUACUGCAGGCAUAUCUAAUGAGGAACUGGAAGAGUUAAAGAACGAGAAUCGUGCACUGCGUCGGGACAUGAAAAAGAUGAUCAAACAAUAUGAGCGUCUGUCCGAGAGACAGCAAACAGGAGGGGGAGAUAGUACUGAUGAGGUGAAGGAGAUGUCAGCUGCAUUAAGUGCCCUUGACAACAAGGUCGCUGACCUUGAAUCUGAAAAUGAGGCUCUGAAAGAAGAAAGACUGGUUCUCAGAGAAAGAGUCAAGACAAUUACAGAGACGAUUACAGUGACCCACUUUGAAGAGAACAAGAAAAAUCUUGAUGAAAAAGACAAGAGGAUUGAGGAAUUGAUUGCAGAAAUAAAGAAACUACGUGAGGAGAAUGUCAGCAUGACAAAGGACAUGAAGAAGAUGGUGAAAGCUCAUUCAAAAACCAAAGGUAGACUCAAUGAACUGCUCUCUGCAGAGAAAGCUGUGAAACUGUUGGAGAUUGUUGCUAUGCUGAUACAUGAGAUCCACACUGAAGUCCCUGAUGCUGCUGGAAAAGUCAACAGCCGAUUGGUUGAUGCCCAGACCGAUGUCAGCCAAUUAAAACAAGUGUUAGAUACAAAGCAGGCAGCUUAUCAGGCAUGGGUUGAUGCCUACCAACAAAAACACAAUAAAAUUCCUGGGAAAGAAGAAAGAAGGUGGAAAAAAAUGACCUUGGAAGAGAGUGUUACAUUGCGCAUAUUUCGAGGGGAUAAGAAUGGAGAGUUUUACCAUGAUGAAUGGGACCAAGCUAAACAUGACUUUAAGGAGAAACAUUUGUUUAUGUCGGCACUUCUGUUGAUGAAGACGGGAGAUGUGAACGAGGCUGUAGGUGCCGAUGGUACUGCUGAAAAAACUGAUGUUGAUAUUGAAAACCUAGAGAAAGCCCUUUCUCUGGCAGACAACCAGAUCAUUGACCUGGAAGCCAAGGCACAAAAUCUCAAUGAUGAGAAAAACAGAUAUAAGGACAAAGUUGAUGACUUGGAGAAGAUGAUAGUGGACAUGCAGAAACAGGCAGAAUUAAAUGCUACGCUAAUGGCUGAUGCUACAAGUAGUGCUGAACUGACAGAGCAGUUAAGUGACCUGCAAAAGAAAGCUGAUAAUUUUGAGGCAGAGUUAAUGCAGGAACGUAUGUCCCAUGUGAACACCCGUGACGAGCUCGAGACUGUACGUAAACAGAUGGAUGUUCUUAAGGAAGAGAUGGAGAAUGAGAAAGCUGGCAUGGAAGCGAGGCUAAACACGGCUAAGGCAGGCCUCGAGGCUCAACUUGAUGUGAAGAAUGAGGAAAUAGAAUCUCUGAAGUUGAAGACAGAUGAGCUAGAGACAGAGAAAUUGUCUAAGUUACCUCCUGAUUCUGCAGCAGAAAUCAAGAAAUUACAAGAUAAACUGAAAAAUCUGGAACAAGAUAAAAGUAGUAACAAGAGUUCCUCGGUGGCCUUGAACUCUCAGGUAGCAGAAUUGACCUCUCAGCUGGAGGUCGCUAGUAAACAUCUCGAGACCCAAAGAGCGGCUAACAGAGAACUUGAGGCCAAGUUGAAGGCAAAUCGACUUGAGAAAGACAAGGAAACAAAGAAGAUGUCCCGUCAUUUAGAAGAGAAACAGCAGAAGACGGCCAAUGAGGAUAAACAACGAAUCACUAUGCUCGUAAAACGUGUGAAAGAACUGGAGUCGAAAGCAGGCAAAGGAACUAAUAUUGUGCCAGUGCCUGUUGGAGGUGGUGGUGGAGGAGACAAACAUGGUACAGCUGAGGUACACAUGUUGAAGAGGGAGAUUAAAGAUCAAGCUGCCGAGAUCAAGCGUCUGGAGAAAGAGAUCAAAUUUGGAGGCGGGGCUGCUGGCGGGAAGGGAGGAGACGUGGCUGAUAAAAAGAAAUUGGCACAACAUGAGAAGAUCUUAAAAGAAUUGGAGAAGAGGAUGGAUUUUGAAAAGGAAAAAUCUGGCAAGCUUAUGGAAGGUUUGAAAGCAGCAGAUGAGGAAAACAAAGGUCUGAAAAAGGAACUUGAUGAGAAGAAUCGUAUCUUGACCAAGUUGACAGCAGAAAUGAAGACAAUAAGUGUGGCUGCUAAAGAAGGAAUAGAAGCUGCUGGCAAAGUGAAAGAACUUGAAACCGAAAAUAAGAAACUGGGAGAGGAAAAUAUUGUCCUUACCAAGAACUUUGAAAGUGAAAGAGUGCUGAGGAAGAAAUAUUACAACAUGGUUGAGGACAUGAAGGGAAAGAUUCGUGUCUACUGUAGGGCUAGACCAAUGAGCAAAUCUGAACUUGACAGGGGUAACAAGCCUGUAUGUAAAUCAGGUGAUGAGUACACAAUCAGUGUUGAAGCUACACGUGGUCUUAAAGAAUUCCAGUACGAUGCUGUCUUCAUGGAGGAUUCAACGCAGGAGAAGAUCUUUGAGGACACUAAUAACUUGAUACAGUCAGCUGUAGAUGGCUACAAUGUGUGUAUCUUCGCAUACGGACAGACAGGCUCUGGUAAAACAUUCACAAUGAUCGGUGACAAAGAUCAGAAAUUCCCAGGAAUUGCUCCAAGGGCCUUCAACCGAAUAUUUGAACUUAUAGAUGAACUAAAGUCUAAGUUUACUAUCACAGUAGAGGCGUACAUGUUGGAGUUAUACAAUGAUAAACUGAUUGACCUGUUUGCCAAGCCAGGAUCUGAAGAUGACAAGUUGGAUAUAAAGAAGGAUAAGAAAGGAAUGGUGUUUAUUCAAGGAGCAAUCAUAAAAACCGCAAAAAAUUCAAAGGAGUUGUUUGCACUUUUUGAAGAAGGAAGCACAAACCGUCACGUGGCAUCUACCAAGAUGAAUGCUGAAAGUUCAAGGUCACAUUUGGUGGUCGGCAUAGUGAUGGAGGCAACCAAUAAAAACACAGGAAAUGUAACAAAAGGAAAGUUGAGUUUGGUAGAUCUUGCUGGUAGUGAAAGAGUGGGUAAGACUGGAGCCGGGGCUGAACAACUUAAGGAAGCUAUGUCCAUCAACAAAUCUCUGUCGGCACUCGGUGACGUGAUCUCGGCUCUCAGUAGUGAUCAACAGUUUAUCCCGUACCGUAACAACAAGCUCACCAUGUUGAUGCAGGACUCCCUCGGAGGCAACGCAAAAACUCUCAUGUUUGUGAAUAUUUCGCCUGCUGACUACAACAUGGACGAAACUGUUAUCUCUCUUACGUAUGCAUCAAGAGUGAAGCUUAUUACAAAUGAUGCCAGUAAGAAUGCUGAUAACAAAGAAAUUGCCAGACUUCGAAAUAUCAUUGACAAGUUGAAGAAAGGAGAAGCUGUGCAGGAGGAGGAAAUUUAGUACCGUUCAACCUACCUCCGAAAAAUUCCAACUUUAUGACAAAAAAAAUAAAGUUGUUUUAUAAAUUUGAAAAAAAAGACGGUAUAACAAAUCUAGAAAUUUAAUGACAAAAAAAUUAAAAAUUUUGAAGGUUAGAAAACCUGUGUAAAAGACACCCCAACACAUUUUAUGUAAUAACUACACAAACUAUUGAAUUUGAUAGCAUGUUCAAGAAAAUGAUGGAAAAAAGAAAAGAAACAACAUCCGUUUAUUUCAAAACGUUAUGUCCAAGAAACGGAAGAACUUUUAGUUUAAGAAAAUGAUAUUAUACUAAAACUAAAUGUGGUAAAUGUCUUCUUGAGUGCUUUUGAGGAACCAAAAUUUUUUUUAGAUUUUAAUAAGAAGAAUUCUUUUAAUUAAAUUGUCAAAACAAUUUUAAACAACAAAUUUAUUAAAUUUCUUGAAAUUGUAUUGAGAAAAGUUUACAUGAAGUAUAAAAAACAAAAUAUUUCCAUUGUGAACAACAUACAUUAUGAUUAAGUUCUUGAAAAAAUUGAUGGUAAAAUGAGCGUGCCUUUUCAGCAUUCGAUUUUUGUUCUUGUUCAUUGUGAAUUUGUUAUAUUACCUUGCCACUUUUUUAUUUAAGGAAACCAUGUUACGACAUAUUUGACUGAAAUAUCAUCACAUGAUGUAUACACGUCAGAGCUGAAAAAAAAAAAUUGUAAAGAAAUAGUUUUUUUUCUCAAAUGCCUUGUGAAAGAUUUAAUUUUAAAAAAAAGUUUAAAACAUUUAUUGUUUAGCUUUCCCAAGAAAAAAAGUUUGUUUUUGUUUUUCCAAAGAAAAAAUGGCAUAAAAAUGGUUCUGAGUUCAAGUUAUGCAUGAUAAUUCAGUCAAAAAGCAGUUUGAAAGCAUUUAUUAUUUGAAGUACAUUUAUAGUACAUUUCAUACUUUUAAAUUUACUGUUUCUGUGAUAUUAUCGUUUUUUAUGUUAGACUUUUAUUUUUGUGUGAAUUAUUCUUCUGUUUUCAUAUAUCUGUGAUACGCAAUUUGUUGGCAUCUGAGAAGUUUGAAAAAAUGUUGAUUCAUUAAGAUGCCAUUAUAUUAUAUUACUCAUGAACUUUUUUUUGGCAUACCGUAUACUGGCCAUUCAGUUAUCGGUAUAGAACAUGCUAGAGAAAACAAUAAAUUUUGUACUUUGACCUUCAUUGUAAUCGCUUAAGUGAGUAAUUUAGAGUCUAAAAAGGCAGUUCUACAAAUAAUACUUAUUAAAAAAAAGCAGAAUUCCUUUGACCUUCAUUGUAAGUACCGGUAUGUAAACCUUUAAUUGAUAAUUUAGAUUAGUAGUUCUCCAAAUGGUACUUAUUAAAAAAAAAUAAUAGUAAAUAAAAAUUUGUCCAUUGACCUUCUUUAAUUAAUAAUUUAGAUUUGAACCUUUCAAAAAGAAAUUUUGGUUUGCUCCAAAUGUAAGGACUUUUUUUAUUUAUGUCAUGAACUGCAGAUAUUUUAAGUGGGAUUUAUUUCUUAUCCUAAGUGACAUUUUGUCAUUUAAAACCUUUGCUCUUUGAAUAAUAACAUACAUGACUGUAUACACUUUAAUUAUAAUAAUAAUACUAUGUACCAUAAUAUUAAAGUAAACUCCACUUAUAAGGCUAUCGUUUAUAAUGAUAUACCGCUUAUAACGAUACUGUUGCCGCAGUCCGGACUUGUUUUCAAAUUGAUUGCGUCUGGGAUGUAACAAUAUUUUGAUAUAACAAUCAAUAUAGAUACGGCGUCUGGAUAUCGUUGUAUAACAGUUUUACUGUAUAUACCAUAUUGUUUCCAUUUAACACCCCCUGGGGGCUUGCAUUUUUUUUUUUAAAAGGUGGCGGGGCGCUAAUUAGAACAAUAUAAAUGUGCUUUAAAAUAUUCUUAUAAGACAAUUCAAUUAUAAAAAUCUUUAUUAUGAUCAAAUAAUAUACAUGUAUAAUUCAGGAUUAUUUUUGUCAUAAAUUAUUAUUUUUAGAUAAAAAUAUUUGGAUUUUUUGGAUUGCUUUUUCAUUAUUGAUUAUAAAUCUAUAAGGUAAAUAAGGUAAAUUUUUUAUCUUCUACAAAAUGUGGUUGAGGGGGAGGUGGCAGGGGCGAUGGGCGCUAAUUAGAUGGGGGGGUAAAUGGAAACAAUACGGUACUAGUACUAAUCAUUGUUGUUUAAUAAUGUUUGUAUUUCUUUUGUUUUCUGAAUCAAAAUUUGUAUGUUUACAUUAAGGCUGGUCCGUCCAAUUAUUAAUGUGAUUAUAUGUAUAUAUAUACAUGUAUUAAACUAUGCAUUUACUGUUUUUAUAUGGGCAGGUCCUUUUUACUGUUGUUUAUAUAAUAGAUAAACUUACUAGAUUUUGUUUGCAUUUUUAUGUCUUGAUUAGUGGUUUUUAUAGGUACAGUCUUGUUAAAUUUGAUAAUUUCUCUAUUAAUGUCUUUAUUUUUCUAACACUCUUUGAUGGGCUGGGAUAUAUUUUUUUAUUAUAAAUUUAGAAAGAUAAAAUCAGUUUUAAAAAUCAUUAAAAUAAUUUUAAUUCUAGAUUAAUAUAACAAAGCGACGCUCACAGAUCUGGUAUCUGGAGUCAUAGAGGACUCUGUAGAAUUCUUAAUAUUAAUAAUUAAUGAAUUACUUGUUUUUACAGUAAGUUUACUAAUUUAAAUGUCAACAUUCUGUUACCUUAGUGCAAUAACUGAUUUACUCCUAUGAAAUUAAAGGAACUAAAGCCGUUACUGCACUAAGGUCAUAAAUUUUCUUUAUUAGCCCUUUCACAGCAGUUUGCAUAACUUGUCAUUUAUUUCCCUACAUGUAUUUGGAAUCCCGUCCACUUAAUGAAAUUAACAAUUGAUUAGGUACUGAUUUAAAAAUAGUAAAACUGGUAAUGUACACAUGCUUGGAAGGCCGAUAUUGGUUUUCCUAAAUUUUUCUUACCAAUGCAAGUUCAAACUACAGAGUAACACACCGUGACACGUCAAGUUUUUCUUAAUUAUUUAUUAUAGUAAAAACUGGAAAAUGGCUAUAUGACGUUUUACAGUGUCGUUGCGACUUAAAAUUCCAACAAAAAUAAUAUUUGUGGUAAUGAUUAUGAAACUAUCAACAGUCAACUAUAGUAUUUCUUAUGCAAUAUGUUGAUGUUAACUAACAAAAAUAAUGUGCCUGUCAGCAGUGCAGGGCAAUUAGCUGGCCUGCCAUGCUGCUUUGUGUUAUUAUUUUUAUGCUAUUAUAAGCUCAACUAUAAGAAAAUAUGGAGAGCUAUUGUAUUCAACCAGGGUCCAAAGUUAUGAAGAAAUUUUUUUUUAAUUAUCUAAGCUCAGACUGAGGUCUUAAGUAUUUAAUUUGUCAAAGCAAAACUGACACAGAAACAACACUGACCAAAGAAAAUCCUGAGACAGUACUCAGAAAAUGUUUUAUAUCCUCAAAGCCAGGUGUCAGGUGUCAGAAAGGAAUUGAAAGUGGAAAGGAUUGAAUCUUCUCACACUUAUUUUAGAGCAUAAUAGGAGGCCAAUGUCCAAGGCCCAUAACUAUAACAUGGAUUUUUACAGAAUUAUGACCCUUUUUGAAGUUAAAAGAUUCCACUUUAUCCAAGCUCUUGUUUCACGAUAAGUCAAGCACACUGACCUACUGACAGUUUUUUGUUUUUAUAACAAAGUCCUCUUAAUUUAAAAUAUACAGUUGCAAAUAAUAUAAGUGGACCAGGACAAGUGGUUUUUUUAAUAAAAAAACAAAACAACAUACCUACAUAUUUAAAAGGCUCUUAAUAUGCGAAUUGAAUUGAAAACUCCGUAUUUGAAGUAUUAUAAGUAAUAGGUGCCUUGCAGUGAAAGGGUUAUUUGAAGAAAAAAAGUGAAGUCUAUAGUUGAGGGUUGUUUUUUUAUUGGGUAGAGGGAGGGAAAUUGAGGUAUUUUUAUUGUGUAAAAAUGCAUUAGAAUAUUUAUAAGAGUGAAAAUAAUUAUGAUUGUCAAUUCUUUUAAUGUUUUUUAUGAGCAAAUAUCAACAUAUGUUCAAGUUUGCCAUGUUUACGAAGCAUUUCAUUUUUUUUUUAAUUUUCCAAAGAUUGAAACAAUGUGAUAUGAUGAUGAGUAAUCUUGUUUUUAUUUGUAGAUUUUUCUUUCUGAGUCAAUAAACUUUCAGCAUUUA